AUGGACCACUCCCCGCACAAUUUCCUGCCGCAGGCGCCGCCGCUUGUGAACCAGCCGCCCCAGAUCUUCGGCAACUACAACCCUGACGGCUCGCCCGUCCAGCCGCAGAUGAACGGCCCGCUGUUCGACGACGCCCAGCUGGCCAUGGGCCCCGACGACAACGACGGCCAGGGCGAUCCCAAGAGGAGGCGUAUAGCAAGGGCUUGCGACAUGUGCCGCAAGAAGAAGAUCAAGUGCGACGGCAAGAUGCCCGCCUGCACCCACUGCCAGAACUACAAGACGGAAUGCAUCUUCACCCAGGUGGAAAAGAAGCGCAAUCCGCCCAAGGGGGCAAAAUACAUCGAGGGACUUGAGAAUCGCCUUGGCCGCAUGGAGUCCCUCCUGAGGCUGUCAGGGCUACUUUCGGAAGACGACGACGGCCGAACAGACUUGGGGACGCUGGAGCGACGGCUGGCCCAUAAACGCGCAGCGAGCAACGGUGGCACAACCUCUUCGAGAGCGUCAGAUGGCAGCGGGUCCAAUCAGCGCCACGAGGCCACUCCACCACAACAAAACACACCGCAGAUACCACAUACGGAAUUGCAGAGUCCGGCCAGCGUUGAGCCGUCCCCGGCACCCCCGCGCAGAGCGCAACCGCAAGAGCCGCCAAGGAACGAAGAGGAAGUCGAGGCGCUGUCGGAUAUGAUGUGUUCGCUGGUCACGAACAACUGCGGCGAAACCAGAUACAUAGGGUCAUCCUCCGGUUUCUCAAUAUUCUCGCCAAAAGGCAUACAAUGGGUGAACGAAAAAACUGGCGACACCUCCUUCCAGGACAUGAUCUCGACCGCGGCGGUCGACGACAACAAAUGGAUACAUUGGAAACCGGACAUUUUCCGCGACAUAUUCUCGCGGCGCGUAUUCAAGCCUCUACCUCCAAAGGAGGAAGCACUUUCUCUCCUCAAAGACUACUUCGCAAAUUUCAACUGCAUGUUCCCGCUAUUCCAUGAACCGACAUUCAUGCACCUAGUCGAUAAACAUUAUUCCCGGGAUCCGUACGAGGGCUCCGGUUGGUGGGCUAGUUUGAACGUUGCACUCGCCAUUGCACAUAGAUUGCGGGUAAUGAGCAAUCUCGUGCCACAAGAGGAGGACCAAAAGGCUUGGGGUUACCUCAAGAACGCUCUCGCGGUGCAGACCGAAUUGACUAUACGGAAUACGGACCUCCUGAGCGUCCAGGCCCUUUUAGGCAUGGCCUUGUUCCUUCAGGGAACACCGAACCCGCAACCCUCGUUCUUCCUCGUGGCAGCUGCUAUCCGGCUGUCGCACAGCAUUGGUCUCCACAAGCGCGGCUCAGGCUUCAACCUCAACCCUGCAGAGAUCGAGCAGCGAAAACGAGUGUUUUGGAUUGCUUACAUGCUUGAUAGAGACAUUUGCUUGCGCUCCGGGCGUCCUCCCAUCCAAGAUGAUGACGACAUGAACGUGGAGUUGCCAAGCGACAACCCCCCAGACAAUGUUGGAAACAUUCCUCUCGCUGAAGGCAAAGGCAAAGUCAACCUUUUCAGGUUAAUGUGUACCUUUGCCAUAAUUGAGAGCAAAGUGUACAAGCAGCUUUACUCGGUGAAAGCGUCAAAGCAAUCCGACGGUGAACUUCUGAACACCAUUGGCGAGCUUGACAGAGAGCUUGAGGAAUGGAAAGACGGCAUACCGGUCGACUUCCGGCCCGAGCACGAGAUCAAGGCUUCACAUACACCUCUUAUUCUGCAUAUUGUAGUUCUCCACUUUGCUUACUACAACUGUUUGACGACAAUACAUCGAAUGUCCGUACACCACGGAUACUGGACAAACAGGUUGUCGAGUUUUGCCAUUCAAGGCUUGAAUGCCCGGCCGCUCAACCCUAGGGUUUUUUCUUCAGCAGCGCUGUGCGUGCAAGCGGCUCGAGCAUCGAUCAAUUUGAUCAAAUAUAUUCCCCAAGGCGAUUACGCAUGUGUUUGGUUGGUUCUUUAUUACCCCGUCUCUUCCCUCGUCACACUCUUCGCAAACAUACUCCAAAACCCGCAGGACACACGGGCCCGCUCUGACCUUAAACUCAUGAAUCUUGUCGUCAACUUCUUAUCUAUGCUAUGCUCUGAUGAAGAGAACGGGAGCGUCCGUCGGAUGCUGAGCAUCUGCUCAGAGUUUGAGCGCAUUGCGAGAGUGGUCUUGGAAAAGGCAGACAAAGAGUCUUCCUCCCGGCGCAAACGCAAGCAACAAGAAGAGCGCGGGAACUCGACGAAUGAAUCACAACAACAAAACUCUGAGCAGUCACGUCAGAGCCAGAACCAGCGGCAUGCCUCGCGUACGAGCUCAAACCCAAACAACCCAUUCACGCCCACUUUCACGUCCAAUUUCGCGGACCCGACCUUCAACUUCUCCCCCUCCAUGCCGCACGCCAACCUCCAACAAGGCGCCUGGCUCCCCGAUCUCUCUUCCCCACCCCCCGCCUCGUCCAUGCUCUCCCACACAAACUACAGCACACACGCAGGGAUGCCGCCCUUCACGACAGCAGGGCACACGCUUGCGCCCACGGCCGAAGGCGCGCACGGUCCCACGGCGCUCAACAACGGCGGCGGCCACAGCGGUGCAGGCAUCGACCCUGUGAGCCUGUCCAGCUCGUUCCCACAGCCUUUUGUACCGCAGGAUUUGUGGCAGAUGCCCAUGACACUGGAGUGGGACUGGGCAGAUAUGACGGGGUAUGGGGGCUUAGAUGACGGGAUAGGGAUUAGCGGCGUGUUGACGGAGCCGAUGGAUCAUACGAGCACGAAUGGAAGUGGGCAUGAUAGGUCGAGGCAUGGGUCGCAGGAGCAUGAGAAUGGGCAGCGGAGAGGGUCGUGA